AUGAACAGCCACAGGCAGCAUGACCGUUGUCUGCCAUCGUCGCUCGCCCAUUCUCCCACCGCCGAGGCUAUGGACGGACCAAAGCAACGCGCCCAGGAUAACUCGAAUAGCAGCGCUCCUUCGCUUAUUGACUUGCCCACCGAUAUCCACGUCCAGCUCGUCUCCUACCUAGAUUUCCGCGACCUCCAAAUGCUCCGCGCAACCAGCACUUACUUCCGCUCCCUUUUCUCCGAAUCGGAAAUCACCAAAGCAAGACGUGACUAUAUACAAGCUCUCCAGCAAAAAGAAGUGGACGAGGUUUUGAUGGAUCAGGAGCGGAAGCUGAGCGUACAAACCCUUGGUGCGGUUCCGGAAAACAACGAGCCGGACUUGCGACUCACAUGCUAUACCUGCCUUCGAUUGUUGUCCACACAAAAUUUUGCGGACACGCAGGUGAUGCGACGGCGGAGAAAAGGGCAUGCGGACGCCUGGAAGAGAUUCUGCAACGAGUGCGCGAUUCAGGAAAACAGGUGGGAACCGGGUAUAACGCUGAGCUUUCAGCGGCGAACGAUGAUAUAUUGCCGGCGUUGUCGUGCCAUUAGGCGUGUGCCCGCCAACGAAACCUUGAGAACUUUCGGAUUAUGCCAGGAUUGUUGCGAUGACACGGGAAUUUCACGAUUCGAGAAAUCGUACAUUUUCGAUUGGUACGAGGCCAAAAUGUUGAUUGAUCGCUUUUUCUCAAGGUACAAUAGCUCAAGAGUCGUUGUCACGGAAGAAGAUUGGCUGCAGCUGGAGAACGAGUUAUCAAAACUGGGCCAGCAAACCUGA